GAUGUCGCGCUAAUAAGUAACCCCGAGGCAGCGUAGUCAACCGCCACCGACCGGCGGUCAUCGGCCGCGGUCGGUGGGUUUGGCGCGGGCCGCCCCCGGGCCCUAGCCGCCGCUCUCGAAACCAUGGGCGGCGCCGCGAGCGCCCAGGCCCAGGCGCCGCCGCACAUGGAGACGCCGGCGCCGCCGUUCCCGCCGGCGCGCCUCGCCGAGAAGGGCCCGCCCGUCGGCGGCCUGCGGUCCAUGAAGCGGCUCCGGCGGCUCCUCUACAUCAAGGCCUACAACGCCAAGCCCGAGGGCACGACCAUCGACGAGCUCUUCCGGCGCUACCGGCGCGUCAACGCCGCGGGCGUCGGCGUGCUCGCGCGCGAGGACAUCAAGGCCGCCAUCGGCCUCACGGCGCCGUGGUUCGACGAGCUCCUGGCCCACUACACCUGCGGGGCGCUCGACGAGGUCGGCUUCGACCUCUUCGUCGACUUCCUCGCCACGGGCGCGCUGCCCCCGGCGCCGCCGGGCCGCCGCGGCGCCGCGGCGCCGCCGCCGAAGCUGCCCGCCGCGCGGCGCGCGGCGCCGGCCUCGCCGUCCAGGGCCGCGGCGCCGGCCUCGCCGUCCAAGGCGCCGCCGUCGCCGAAGCCCCGGCGCGCCCCCAGGACGCCGCCCGCGUCGCCGGGCGCGCCCGCGCCGCCGGGCGCCGCCGGGGCCCGGAGCCCUUUUGCGCCCGCGCCGCCGUCGCCGUCGUCGCUGCCGCCGCUGGAGACGGCGGCGGCGCCGGCGCCCGCCAAGUCCCUCUUCCGGGAGCCCGUCGCCGAGGCGCCGAGCCCCGUCGUCGCCGAGGCGCCGAGCCCCGUCGUCGCCGAGGCGCCGGGCGCCGCGCCGGUCCGCGCCGCGACGUCGGACGCGCUCGAGCCCGUCGACGAAUGCGCGCUGGCCGUGCUCCCGGGCGACGCCGUCAUCGCCGCGGGCGACCACCUGCGGUUCCGGCGGCCCGGCCCGGCGAAGCCCCUCUGGCGCAAGCGCGAGGUCGUCCUCCAGGAGCGCAUCGUCCAGGGCAGGACAAGGGUGAUUCAACGCAUCGUCCAGUACACGACCGUCGACGUCUCCGGCGCGGUCCAGGAGCUCGUCGAGACGGAGCGGUCGUCCACGGAGGUCGUGCACAUGGAGUGCAAGGAGACGGGCGAGUUCGCGCACCGGGAGACGUCCGAGUACGAGCAGCUCGAGACCUUCAACGGCCAGGCCGUCGCGGAGAACCGCGGCAACGAGGAGUACUACCACCUCAAGUCCGCGGAGGACGAGGUCGAGUUCAUGGAGUCGAACAACAUGCCGAACCGGGCCGGCGCGCCCGGCGACGCGCCCCCGGGCACGCCCGGCGGCGCGCCCGGCGGCCGGCCGCACUCCGCGGGCACGCCCCACUCCCGGACCCCGCACGGCGCGCCGAGCCCCGCGUCCUACGACGCCAUGCCCGAGGGCUGGAACCCGCCGCCCGUCGACGUCCCGGGCGUCGCCGUCGACGCUUCUGGCCAGGCCGUCUACGCCGACACGGGCCUGCCGCUGUCGCCCGAGGACUUCGACAUCUUCCAGCGCGCGGCCUUCGCGCAGCGCGAGGCCUACGCGGCCUACGCGGCGGAGCAGUACGCGCAGCAGCAGGCCUACGCGCGCCAGCAGUCGGGCGACUUCAGCGCGUCGCCGCCCGACGCGGCGAGCCCGGACGCGGCCUACGCGGCGGAGCAGUACGCGCAGCAGCGGGCCUACGCGCGCCAGCAGUCGGGCGACUUCGGCGCGGCGCCGCCCGACGCGGCGAGCCCGGGCGGCGCCGCGGCCGACGCGCGGGGCCCGUUCCCCGGCGCGCCCGGCUUCCCCCCCGGCUUCGCGCCCGGCUUCGCGCCGCCGCCGCCGCGCGAGUCCGCCGAGUUCGGCUUCGGAGGCGACGAGCCGCCGCGCUUCGCCGGCGACCUUGACGACGUCUUCGGCGCGCCGCCCGCGCGGCCGCGCGCGCCGCCGCGCCGCGCCGCGCCGGACCCGGACGACUACCUCGACGACGCGUCCUUCGCGGGCUACGCGCGGCCCGGCGCGGGCUUCGACGGCGGCGGCGACGGCGUGUUGCGCUUCCACGACGACGACGAUCUGGAGGACGACCUCGAGCUGGACCGCGCGCUCGACGGCGGCUCGCCCGACGGCCGCGACCGCCGCGCGGCGACGGCGACGACGGAGACGUACAGCGCGGAGCUGCCCCAGCACCACACGGCCUCCGCGGAGACGCUGGGCACCGUCGGCGACCUGCCGCCGCCCCUCGCCAAGGUUUCGGGCGACGGCGGCGCGCCCGCGCCGCUGUCGACGCCCGUGGACGCGGACCUCGACUAGGGAGCCCCGUAAGUAGUCCUCACCCC